CCGUGAAGGACGCCAGCUGCAGCUGUGUGUUUGUGAUUCGCGCAGCAUUAUGGGAAACAAGAUGAACGCGGCCGGGUGGUGACAGUCGGGAUGCGUUUGUGUGUUAGUCGGAGUGGUGUUUAUAAAGAUGGCGGCUUUACUGUGCGGGGUUCUCCGGCUGUCACAGCGCGCGCGCUCACGCAUAGGUGUUAUUAGGCGUUAUGGCACGCAGGAGACGGCAUGGACAUGUCACACACUCACACACAGAGCUCUGAUCAACAUCCGCGGUCAGGACACACUCUCCUACCUGCAGGGACUCAUCACAAAUGACGUCAAAGCGCUGAAGGAGACCGGACACACUGCCCUGUACACACACCUGCUCAACGUGCAGGGGAGAACCCUGUAUGACGUCAUCAUCUACAGUCUGAAGGAAAGCAGCGACGGCUCCAACAGCGUCCUCCUCGAGUGUGACAGCUCAAUGUUGAACUCCAUCACACGUCACCUGAAGGUGUAUAUGAUCCGGCGUAAGGUGUUCGUGGAGGCGUGUCCAGAUCUGGUGCUGUGGGCUUUACUGGGACUGAACACACAUUGCACACACACAGCCGAAUCUGAACCCGAAUCUGAACCUCAGCCGGAGCUGAGGAACGGCGAUGGGGUGGUGGCAAUGGUCCGAGAUCCCAGAACCCCUCUGAUGGGCUGGAGACUGAUCACCAGGAACCAGGAGAAUCCUUCAGAAAACUUCACAGCCUGUAAACAUGGCAACACUGAUGACUAUCACCGCCAUCGCUACAAAAUAGGUGUGCCAGAGGGUGUGAGAGACCUCCCCCCGGGAGAAGCUCUGCCUCUGGAGUCCAACCUCGUCUUCCUGAACGGGAUCAGCUUUUCUAAGGGCUGCUACAUCGGACAGGAGCUCACGGCUCGCACCCACUACACGGGCGUGGUCCGAAAGCGCCUCAUGCCCCUCAGCCUCUCCGUACCUGUGGAAAACCUGCCACUGGGGGGUGCCAUCGAGUCAGAACAGGGGAAAGCAGCGGGGAAACUAAGGUCAGGGGUUGGGGAGCUCGGGCUGGGCCUCGUACGACUGAGUCACGCCAAAGAGACGCUCACAGUGUCGUCCACACAGGGUGAAAAAGUGACGCUCACAGCAUCAGUGCCAGACUGGUGGCCCAAGGACAUGAAGGACAAACUAUAAAUAUACCAGAACAAACCUGGGUUUAGGACUGGUCUUGGGCUCGGAACCAGACCUGGGUUUAGGACUGGUCUUGGGCUCAGAACCAGACCUGGGUUUAGGACUGGUCUUGGGUUUGUAACAAUAUCAGUAGUUAAAAGCACCACAUAAAUAAAAAAUACAUUGGUUUCGAGCAAGACUUUGGUUUAAUAGUGCACUCUAGUUUAGAACAGGACCCUGGGUUUUUAGGACUGACCUCAGGUGUUUAGGACUAAACUCAGGUUUGGUAAGAGAUCUCAGGUUUAGAACUGGACCCCAGUCCAGACACUUUCAUUAACACUUCCUCAAUCCCACACUACUGGUCAAUAAAGUUAUGCUAAUAUAAAACCUGUUCCGAAUGUCGAGUCUAUGCUUGAUGUUAUCAUGUUAACUCUGUUUAUUUAAAUAAAAACAUGUUUUGGGAUCAGUAAUGACA